AUGGGACACAUCCGUUGCAUGGUUGACGUCCUCGUAAAGACAACAUGCUACUUCGAGUAUGACAACUAUCCACAUGAUACUCAGAACUGCUCCUUCACUAUGUAUAGCCCGUUCACCAUAGAAAAAAUGAGAUUUACGGAUUAUGGCGGCGCUGAGAAGACGCACUAUCAGUCCCGAAGCGGAAAGCCGUCAAAGGUCGAUGUUGGCGAUUUCUUGCUGGAGAAAAUUGAGGCGAAGAAUAUAUAUCUCGUUCCUGGAUCCAAGGUCAUCGAAUCAGUGGAGGGGUAUCCGAAAAAGAUGGUCCGAUCAGUGUUCUAUUUCAAUCUAAUCUUCCGUCGGCACAACAUAUUUUACACAACUCGCAUGGCCAUGCCCUUGUUUACAAUCACUUGCCUAACCUAUGCCUUCUGUCUCCUGCAGUCGCAGCACGGAUUAAUAUGGCUACUUCUUUGCUUGGUUGUUCAAAUAAUGAAUGGAGUAAUUCUGAUGGAGAAUUUGCCUCCUGAUUAUAAAAUAAUGCCCGCUAUUGGUUUUGUUGCAACACUGGUGUUAUUUGAAACUAUUGUAUUGAUUAUCUGGAGAUUUUUUACAAUAUUCGUCAUGCAGUCAAUGCCGGAGCGAGCUGACAUACGGUCGAGAAUUGUACUCAUUGAGAAAUUUAUAUGC